AUGGAGGAUUGGCCCGAUUUGGAAGUUGAGCCACUCGCCUGGGCAGCAGCCAGCCCCAUGUACGAAGCUGACGUGACAUGGCUUGUGCGCGAUGCUACGCAGAGAAUGUUGGCGAGCUGCAAUUUCGGCAGCGUCCUCGACGCUCACCAUGACCCGAGGGCAAGAAACAGGCCGGGAGCAGUAACUCUCCCGAUAACGAACGUUGGUGGCGGCUGCUCUGUCAAGACGGUCGAGUAG